GAGAAGAAAAAGGAGCGAAGAAGGCGUUCCACAUUGACUUUGAAGCGGCCGAUGGUCACAGGUACGCCAAAAAGCGAAGUCUUUCGCAUCUUCUCAAUUGUGUGCUUCGCAGUGAAUGCGAAUGCCUGACCCCCUCCCUCCUCACGGCUCCUUGUCCAACGACCAGCGCCAGCCGCCCCGUCGGCAAUGCGAUACUUGACUUCCUCAUUGCAAAGCGCGAAUCCCGUCUGCCCGUGACAGGACUUAGUGCCGUCCCACUUUGUGCUGCCAUAUGACGGGUUGGCUGUCUUUCCAGUGGUGGCGGGGGACGCCGCAGCCGUACUGCCGAGUCAACGAUAUCGAGAGCGGCCUUCUCGCAUCUGCUCAAGUCAACGAUGCCGAUGAGCUGUCAUCUUCUCUUCAAUUGUCAUCGGUUCUCGUCACGGGCAACGACGCUGCUGCCGUUACUGCUGCUGGUGGGGAAGAGCGGGUGCUUCCUCCUGACGUCUAUGGGCGCGCUUCCCUCUCUUUCCUGAGUGUCGCCGAGCUGCUGAGAGCCCGAGCAGUCAGCAAAGCGUAUGGAACGGAGCUGAUAGAUGCGGCUUUCAUUAUGCAGCGCAUCGACUCGUACCUCGCCCAGCAGGACCUCACCGGCCUCAUCGAUGUCGAAAGACACCGCACAGACAUCGACUACUUUUCCCGAUGCGCCUAUCUCAUCGAACAGGCGAAUCGGGCGAGUACUCUCAUCAGAAUGGCGAACAGCUGUCGACUCAUUGACAAUCAGCUGCCCCUGGUGCUGCCUGCUGAGUGUGUGCUGGCCGAUCUGCCGGACAAGACGACCUUUCAUCGGCUGCCCACGACCAUGGCAGUGUAUAAGACGGUUGGCCAGCUAUUCGGCGGUGACAGUGAGCGUGGAGAGAAUAACACUGCUGCCGUGGGCCUGCGGAUAGAGGAGAGUGAGAGGCUGAGGGUUGAGACCUUCCCAGAGAUGGACUCCCCACUUUGGAUUCUUGGCCUCUAUUGCCCGGUGGUGUGGACCUUCGUUUGGUGGAUAUGUGUGUGUAUGUGUAUCCGAGUGUGCGACUCUGCAUUUGGGGAUUACAUCAAGGCAAUGGAAGACACCUGGUACUUGGACUGCCUUUUGGUCAUCCUUCAGAUGAUCUUUGCGGCUGUCGCGACGCUGGGGCUCGUUGGGCCUUUCUUCUGCUUUAUAGAGCUUUUGACGGCCAGAUGGCGUGUCGUGCAGUGGUGCAGCAUCGGCGGGCGGCGAUUCCGGGCGGCUUUCAGAGACGAGUUACCAAAUGCAGAUGACCUCCGGAUCCCCCCGCAGGCCAAUCACAUCACUGAUGGGCAGUCAUACAGGGCGACUUACUGGGACAGAGACCCGGCAGUCCUCUGCGGCGCCUCUACUCAUCCGUCAUUCACCACUUUCGCCCUCCACACCCUCAUCAUGGCUACCAAAAGAAGAGUGCUCCUCGACAUGCGGCUGGAGCACCAGGCUUUUCAGCAGCUGACGCGUCAUGGGAUCACUGCCGAUGAACACGACGUGAUUCUCAUCGAGUGGCGAGACGACCGCCCGUUGAGGGCCACUGCGAAGGACUGUGAACGAAUCAUGAUCGUGCUACUCAUGGAGGAUGACAAGGUGGGUGGACCUGCCGUGGCAUCUCUGAAGCUUCGUGGCAAUCGGCGGCUGGUGCUCAAGACAAACGAGAGGGAGGUGAUGGGUGGCUGGACGCUGGACGAACGGUUUCCCUUGACCAUGUCUCGCAUGCGGCAGCUGCUGAAACGAUUCGAACUCGAGGAUACCGUACUUGGCCCGACGUGAAUCGAGUGUCUCCGUGUGCGUGUGCGCGUCAAUAAGGAAGACAGACAAGAGACACGGACGGAGGAUUGCAUGGAGUCGAAGCAAUAUAUGGAGUGGAAGUCGAUUGCAUGGAGAAUCACGACUUGAUCGAUAAUGAUAUGGAGUCGAAGCAAGUGUUUCUUGGUCGGCAUCCUUGCCCCCCCCGUGGCUCGGCCGACCAAG